AUGGGACAGUCGGCAAGGGAAGCAGUGAGAGCGCGAUGGGCGCGGGUGGGCUAUACGAGCCUCGGGACGGCCGAUAAAAGCAGCGUGCAAACGAAGUCUGAGGCGGUGGAAGUGGUGGUGCUGGACUCUGAGGAGGAGGCCUCAACGGCUGAAGAUACCGGGACCGAGGAGGCCGAGCGGCAUAAUCUGUGGCCCAUGUGGCUAGUUCACAGCGCGCUCUAUGACGGGGAGACAGCGGGCACCGCCGGAGGAAAUGGGAUCUGUGGGCUGGAGGUGGUGCUGGGGGACACAGAUCUGGAGCGUGUUUACCUGUUCUCGUUCCAGUACGAGAUGAACUGGCUGCUGGAUCUGAUUCCCGAGCACGUGCAGGUGGUGGUGACUGCGCAAAAGGGCACGGUGCAGGAGGCAGACGGCGGACGCGCGGCCCGCGUCCGGUACCGGAUGGUGUGGAUGCCGCCCUUCAGCAGCCACCACAGCAAGAUGGUGAUCGCGUUCUACCAGGACCAGCGGUGCCGGGUCGUGCUGCCAUCGGCCAACUUCACAGCGCUGGAGACGAGCCUGCCGCAGCAGAUGAUGUGGAUGACGCCGCAGCUGGCGCAUAGCCGCGCAGCAGAGCAACAGCCCUCACGCUUCCGGAGCGGGCUGCAGGACUACCUGCAGAUGUACCCGGAACCCGACCGCGAGUUACUGCAGCGGCUACGUAAAAUCGACUUUGCGCCGGUGGAUGCGACCGGCGCAGCCUUUGUGUACUCUGCGCCCGGGGCUCGCACCCGCGCCAAGACCGGGCUGGCGCAGCUCGCCGCGCAGCUAGACGAGGGGCCGGCUGCCGGCGGGCGGCACUCACACUAUUUUUGUCAAAGCAGUUCUAUCGGCGGCCCCUUGAACUCGCGCUCGGCCGAGAACCCGCGCAACCUGUUUGUGCACCUGAUGGUGCCUCUUCUUUCUGGUCACACGCAGGGCCUGCCCAAGAGCGUCAAGGACUGCCUCGGCGAGAAAGAAGCCUAUGCGCUCCUGCAACGUGAGCGCCUGCAUCCAUAUAUACUAUACCCGACGGUCGAAGACUUCAAUGAGUGCUUCACCGGAUGGCUUGCGAGCGGUUGGUUCCACUUCCACCACAGCAGAACCGCUGCCACACGCAACCACUACAGCUCUCUACGGGACAACGGCUGCUUCGUAAAACAGCGGGAGUAUGAGCUCCGCCCGGGUGGCCGCACCGCGCUUCCGAUAAUCCGCCGCGAUAGGGUUCCCUGCCACACGAAGUUUUACAUCAAGUUUGCCAGUGCGUCCGCAACUUCGUGGAAUAGCCUGACAGAUUGUGAAUGGUUUCUCUUCACAUCCGCAAACCUCUCGACACAUGCAUGGGGCGCCCCUCCUUCAUACCAGCCCAAGAAUUACGAAUGCGGUGUGCUGUACACCAAGUCUGAGAAUGUCGCCUUGCGUGUGCACUGUGCGAAAGAUGUGGUAUACGCUAGCGACAGUGCCUGGUCGGAUCCCGAGUAUUUUGAUGCCCGCGAGGGCGAACAUAUAACCGUCAACCUCAUGACUCCAUUUUGGCUACCCGCAGAAAACUAUGGUCCUACUGAUGUGGCAUUCUGCGCUAGCGAUAAGCCUGACGACAUGUAG